AGAUGCACCGAGAUGACUGCGAUUCUGGAGCAGAUUCUGAAGAGGAGUCUGGAACGAGUGAAGCCGUGCUACCUGGGCCGCCUGGCCGACUACACCAACAGAAUCGCCUGUGCUCCACAGGAGAGGAGGCCGUACCAGAAUUCGACUGGCGCAGAUUACGCCCAGUUUAGGGCUCUCUUUGCCCUGGUCUCAAACAAGAAGGAAUUCGCCAACAUUUAUCGUGAAACACUCUCCCAGAGAAUUCUGGCUAAAAAUAGCCUUAUUUCGCAUGAAAUAGCCUUAUUAGGAGAAAUGAGACUCGAGGGGCAGCACAGGCUGAGGGAGAUGGUUCGGGACCUGUCGAACGAGACUGAGCACAUCCGCGUUCUCAACAACGCCCUCUGGAACUUCUGCUGCGAGAAUCCAAGUCUUCCGCUUGGAGACGACCUGUUUGGGCUGAUUCGCUCUGAGCUGCCCAACUUCACUCGCAGGUCGUCUGGGAGUCGGAAUGCGUACGCGUACGACGAUCCAGUGACGAAUGAAACGAGAUCAAUCCAGUUUGCCCAUCAAUUUAGCCGAAUAUUCGUACGAAUCAAUGGCAGGAAGUUCAUUCUCUCAGUUUACCAGUAUUUGAUAGUUCGCCUGGUUGAAGAUGGGCUUUCUGGGGAUGAAAUCCAAAAGACCCUUGGAAUGAACGAGAAGAAGAUUGAGAUUCUGUUGAAGAGUCUCGAAAGAAGCGGUGUCGUAUCGAGACGAAAUGGCCUCUUUGGCUACGAGGUGGCUGCUGCGGCAGAGAGCACGACCAGUGUUGGAUUUGCCCUUGACUCUGCCCAAAAGGGCCACAUUGACAUCAAAAACAGUCGUGGAUUUGUUGAUAUCAGCAAUGUUGAUUUGGACUACUUCUACAACAGGGAGCAUGACACUGUCUCACGACUGAUGGCGAUGGUAGCGAGGGUGCUGAAACAGAAGAAGAAGGUUGAAGAAGACGAGUUGAGAGCACAUGUCACUGCUAUGUCUGGAGAAAUGGUGGAUGAUGAGUUGUAUCAAGGCGUAUUGAAACAGGCACAAGAAAGAGGGCUAUUUGAGAAACACGGUACAAACUACACGUACAUGACAUAG